AUGUCAGCAUUUAUCCAGAAAACAAAACCAAUAGUAUCUUGUUUAAUGUUAUUGCGUCAAUUUUUUCGUUGUAUGAAUAAUAAGAAGAACAAAGAAGACUUUUCAAUUCCGUUAUGGGAAUAUAAUAACCAAACAUAUGCAUGGUCACAAAAAUCACCUUAUCAAAACAAAACAACGAUCGAAUGGAAAUAUUUUCGAGUUCUUACAUAUAAUAUUUGGUUUUCGAAAAAUUAUCAAUCAAUGCGUUUUAAUGGUCUUUGUGACAUAUUAAAUAAAUCUCAACCACAAAUAAUUGGUUUACAAGAAAUGACGAAAAAUAUGCUUCAACAACUUAUUGCACAACCAUUUGUUCAAGAACGAUACUAUGUAUCCGCGAUGGAUGGGUGUGGGUAUACAUUUGAAAUUUUUCGUUCAUUCUAUCAUUUUGUGUCAUCUAUUGUCAGUGAAUCUCGUUUUAUAUCUGCAUUACGAACAAAUUCCUAUACGAGAAGUAUUCCUGGUAGUAAUAUUUCUGUAACAUUUUCUGCCAUUUAUCCACAGCAAGUUAACCUCAAUCAAUCGUCAUCGAUAUCGAAUGAAACAUGUCGAUGUGAUCGUACAACUAAUUGUAUUUAUCCAGCCGGCAUUUAUAAUGAAUCACGAUCUAUUAUUCCCAAUGAAGUUUUUUCAUUUGAGGCAUUGCCGACUUUCAUUGUACCAGGAUUUCAAGUUGGAUGUAUACCUCAAAAUGCAUUGCUUCAAUCAACAUUGGAAUGUUUAUAUAAUCAAUCAUGUUUAGACAUCCUUAUUUCGUUGACUGGUGCUGUUCAAACUACUUCAGCUCUAAAUAUUUCAAACUCAUUUUCAAAAUUCAAUCCGACAACAACUAUUGGGAUUCUUUUUGAUAAUCUGAUGAUCGAAUCUUGGGAAAACUCUACUGAUUUUGCCACUUAUUUCCAAAAAUGUGCACCCAAAGCCUGUUCAUAUUCAUAUGUACAACGGUUCUUUCUCAUUUACAUGAUUACUACAUUGGCUAGUAUCUUUGGAGGACUAAAUAUAGCAUUACGUAUAAUAUCGCCAUUGUUUGUCAAAUUCAUUUUACGUUUAUCUUGCCGACGAGUUCGAACUCUAGAAGCUGAUGCAGAACAUGGUCCAAAAAGAAAUUUACAAGAUCAUGUAAGCAAUUUCAUUAAGCUAAUUUUUGACAAAGUUGUUACAUUGAAUUUAUUCAAAACAACAUUCGCCAAUGUUCAGCAUGUUAGUUCACAACAAGUCAUUGUUAGAAACCCAAGUCUAGAUCAAUUUAAAGAUCUUCAUGACACGUAUUCAUCAAUGCUAUCAUGUCCAUGUCGUCGUUCAUUAAUACCUCGUUCAACAUUCUUCUUUUGCGAAGCAUAUUUCCAUCCCUUUUGUAAAAGUAGUUUUGUUCGUGAUGAUCGUUGGCACCAAUAUUGGACAAUGAGAUUUCUUAAUGGUACUGUCGAUCCUAUGCCACCAUUUUAUUGGACUGAUUUUCGCAAAAAUGGAAUGAAGUUUUUUAAUUAUGUUAAAAUAUUUUGUGACAUGGCCAAUAGAAGGUGGUCUGAAAUAGUGAAUUCGUUUCAAAGAGAAUAUCUUUUGUCUUUUCAACCCAUGACCGAAGAACAAUUCAAUGAAACAAUUAUCUAUUGGGAGGGUCUUCUUAGGGGCAAGAUCUACGAAAUAUAUUAUACGGAAUCAUCUCCAGUAGAAGAAAGCAUUCGAAAUAAUGAAUUAAUAUCAUUUGAUUUUAUUGAUCCUUCUAUCAUAUCCAGACAGAUCAAUAACACAUGGACUUUGAAGUAUGCUACAGGUAACAUCAAUAACUAUUUUCGUACACCAUGCGAUUGUAUGCAAGUUAUUCCUUGUUUAAAACCGUUGGGUUUCUAUGGUAAUUCAUCUUCAUAUACACAAAUAGAUACUGUACCACAUGAAAUAAUUCCUGGCCUAUAUCUUGGUUGUCAAUUUUUAGAUUUUAAAUAUUCUACACUAGAAUGUUUUUACAAUGAAUCAUGUGUUCAGAUGUUGAUUGAUCAUCGUCUUUAUGGUUAUGAAAAUAUCUAUUUACCAAUUGAUUUGAGUCAUAUAACAGCACUUAAUCCGGAUGAAAUCAUGAUUCUUUGGACUGAUUCUCCGUUAUAUGGUUUUCUCGUGCAGUCUUUGAUGUAUGACUGGGUCUAUAAAGGAAAUUAUACAGUAUACUUUGCUCAAUGCCAACCAGAGAUAUGUACUUAUACAAUAGGUCAGAAAUUAAAUCCUAUUGGUCGUAUUAACUUAGUUAUUGGCCUGAUUGGAGGAUUCACUGUUAUACUUCACCUCUUAAUUCCAUCAUUUAUUAAAAUUAUCUAUCUGAUUUAUCAUUUGUGCUACCAGCAAACACGAAAUAAUCCUUUACGUUGGAGAAUGAUUAUUUCCUAUAUUCGAGAUGAAAUUUAUCGCAUGAAUGUAUACCGAACAAAAAGACAAGUGGAAUAUCAACAUUUAGCAACAAGAAUCUAUAUUGUUCUACUUAUUCUAUCUUUCGUGAUUAUCUCAGUUUUCGUUCGAUUUCAGUAUCGAACAGUAUUCAUAAACAUAGAUUCACCAAAUGAAACAUACUUUGCAUUUCUUCACAGCCAAUAUUCUGAUCGUUUAUCCUGUCCUUGUACAAAUAUAACAAUUUCUUUUGCAAGUGUUGCCACAUUCUUCUCAGAAACAACACAAGAAGCUUGCUUUCAGAGCAAUCCACCCCUGAUUUUCAUGGCGCCAUGGAUGCUACCAGCAAUACUCUGGGAAGAAUCUGAUUGGACUCUCAUCCGACCACAAUUUCGUAUCCUAUAUUACCGAUGUUCGUUCGAGAUUAUGGAUGUAACCGGGUAUUUAUUAUCUAUGGUUAUUAGACCUUUAGUAUCAGUUGAAGCAAUGACCUUAGAAACAUUCAAUGUAUCGUUCAAUUCGUUUUUCACUGGCAGAGAUAGAAAUUCUUUGAUCUCACCAGAUAAUGCUUUUAAAUUCGUUUGUGAUAUGCUUCAAGCAAAUCAAUUUCAAAACCGAUAUAUGACAAGUUGGAAAGCUGAAUAUUCGAGCUUAGAAGAAAAUUAUAUUCUUCGUAGCAGUCCAGUUUCAUUAAAUAAUGGUAUGUGUUUUUGUCCAAGUGGUAAAUCAAAUUGUACAAAAAUACCUAUUUAUUAUGAUCAGACUGGUAAUUCAAGUGUAUUUCCAGUUGUUGAAAGUUCCAAAAAGGAAUAUGGUUAA